AUGGAAAUAACUUCCCAGGUUACAACAAAGCCUAUCUCCACACUGUCCGCUUUCAGCUGCAUUCCAUCAAGAAGGACUGAUUCAAAGGAGCUGACAUACUUCAACAGCGAGUCCAAGGCUCAGAAGAUCUUCAUGUACGACAGCUUAUACCGGCAGACUGAGGGAUACAAUAAUAAGCUGCCCAGAGAUGACAGAGAGCAUGCCAAUGGCAGGGGAUUGGAUAUCCACAGCGAGGAGCUAUCCAGACCCGUUCCGGUUUUGUCCUCUUCGGAAUAUGGGAGGCGUCCACCUCCAUUGAUAUACAAACCAAGCCGCCAGUUUGUACGUGUAGCACACAUCAGAACAGAAUUCUUCAGGAAGAAUGGAAUUACACAGACUGUCGAGGAGGGGUACGGGUCUGUCGUUCCCGUCUGA